AUGGACGCGCCUCCACCCACAGCCUCAGUUGUCUUUCCAGAUUUAUAUUGGUCGCAGCCGCCCUCGACGUCGGCGACAUCCACACCCGGUCCGCUCACCCAACCUACUAGUCCUUCGACAACACCCAACACCACCGCCCCUGGGCCUGAAGUAGUCACGAUUGGUCCCACCACAGCGACGAUAGUGGGCGCAGCGGUUGGCAGCGUCCUCGGUGUCCUCGCCAUCCUCCUUGUCGCCUUUUUGCUGGGGCAUUGUCGCCACCGGCAGCGACGACAACGCGCGAGAGCCGCAGCCGCAAGGCUGGAAAUCACGGACAAGCCACAGCUGCACUCGGAUUCGAUGGACCCGGCGAGGCUGUACAUAAUGCAGGAGACGGUCACUGGGAAGGACAUGAUAGCAGGAAGGGCCGAGCUCGCAGUGCCGAUGCCAGAGCUUGCGGCCGAGAGGGAGGCGGCGGAGCUGGACGGAAAGCGAAAUAAUGGACUGUCCAAGUAA